UCAAUAUGUUUGAUUAGAAUAGAUAGUAUUGUUCUACGUGUGAACAGUUUGUCGUAUUUCAUUAUUAUCUUUUGUCAAAUGUAUUUUGAGGAGCUAAUGUAAAAGUCGUUCUUAUAACUUUAAACUUAGUAAUUACUAUGGCGGCUUUUUUGGGUUGUUAGUUUGGGACCGCGAGGGCGCCGCAUCCCUCGCAUUAUGAUGGAGGCGCAAGUCCCGGUGGUGCCUCACUGGCUGUGCCGGCUCUCCUACGGGGACUCCCUCACGACCAACAUGUUCUGUGGGGGACACUUCCUCAUUGGAGGAGUGUCCUCUUGUCAGGGCGACUCCGGUGGGCCUGCGGUGUUCCGCGGCACGGCGUUCGGCGUGGUAUCCUUCGCGCGGGGCUGCGCCCUGCCGCUGUCGCCGACUGUCUUCACCAACAUAGCGGCGCUGCGCGGCUGGGUCACGCAGAACACUGGAGUUUGACAAUCUGACAGUGUUUGGAUAAGAAAUAGAAUACAACAAAUAAUAGUACUACAAUUAUAGAAUAGUAGUGCAGUAAAUAACAUUCCAUACAAGAUUUCGUGACGCCAACAUAGGUAGUAAGUUUUGUUGAGGAAAAUUAAGUCAAAAUGUCAUUUUUCAAAAUGGCGCUUGGUUUUAUCUACACGGCGACGAUAUUAGCCGCACUAAAAUCAAUUGGUUCAAAUAUAGAUACCUAAUGAUAUCAUUUCUGUCAUUCUCUCUUCUGUAACACGGUUUUUUUUAAUCUUAGAGCAUCUAUUUAAAACAUCCUGUUUAUGGAUAUACUAAGUAAAUUCUUAGUGGAAAUGUGGAAGUAAUGUUAUGUUUUAAAAUUAAUUUUAUAUCAUACUUAUUUAUUGUUUGAAAUCUAACUUAUGUGUGAUGGCAGCAAUAAUAAAAAAAUAGAGGUAAAUACAGGGUGUUAGUGACAUGGUAACGAAAACUUUGAGGGAUGAUUCAGGUAAUGAUUCUGAGUUGAUAUCAAGUGGAAUUUUUCGUCGCAAAAGUAUGGAACGGAAAAUAAUUUAAAAAAACACAAGAAUUGAAAAUAAUUAAAAAAAUACUAAAAAAAAUCAUGAAUUUUGCGACGGAAAAUUCCACUUGAUUUUAACUCAGAAUCAUGGUCUGAAUCAUCCCCCUCAGUAUUCGUUACGAUGUCACUAACACCCAGUAUAUUGAAAAAGGCAUGGGUGGAAAAAAUAUGUGGAAAAACCUUCUUUUUCAGAGAACAUAAGCUCAAGACUAUCUCCCAAUUGGGGUAGUCAGAGGUACAUCCAUUGCAAGAUGAACUAAGUACUUUCACCUCACCGAGCUAUCUGUGUGUGCCUUGUGUCUGUGUGUUUUUUUUUCAGAGAAAUACACUAAAAAUGUAGCAAUGUUAGAUCCACACUGGUGCGCGGUGUCGACGCGGACUAUAUAAAUAGCACGGUAAACAUGCGCGUGCCCAUUCCUAGC